ACACACCACUGCAAGGUUGCUUUCCGACAGAAUACUAGUCCGAAGCGAUGCCAUCGGUAACUACAAACAAUGGUUCGCUCUGGUACCUGGGUAAGUGGCUUGGCUUCCCUCGCAGAUAAUCACACUGGUCUUCACAGUACAGUGGGCCUCAGCCUUAAUUUAUGACCGAGCCCUACAGGACAGCAGCGACUAAUUAGCCCGCUCUUCCGGAGCUAUGGCUGAUUGUAGGUUACGGUUCUAAUAUGAGCUCGAAGGUUCUUUCGGGGCGGCGCAAGGUGUUCCCGCAAAAGAGCCUCCCAGUUAUUGUUCCUGGCUAUCAACUGACCUUUGAUAUGGCCGGUCUGCCGUACCUGGAGCCAGGGUUUGGUGUUAUCUCCAAGAUUACCAGCAGCCGAGAGGCUGACGAGACGACAGGACUUUCCAAGACUCGGCCAUUUGCCGAUUGCCAGGUAGGGGGUCCACUGCACUGCGUUGCGCACUUGAUAACACCAGAGGAAAUGCAGCGUAUCAUUGAGACAGAGGGCGGCAACGGCAACCCCGACGUCGGAUACCAGACGGUCGAGAUCAGGUGCCAGACGUACGACGGAGACCUGAUCACCGGUGUGACGCUAAUCGACCCCCGGCUCAAAGAGCAGUGCUUGCAUCCGUCGGAGCGGUACCACAGGAUCCUGCUGGAUGGCGCGGUCGAAAACGGCCUGCAGCCAGAAUACAUUGAGCGGCUGAAGCAGGUGGUGCCCUACCGACCACAGACCGUUGGGCAGACUGUGGGCAAGUGCCUGUUUUUGGCCAUUGCAGUGCCGCUGAUGCUGCCGUAUAUCUGCUUCAUGAUAGGUGCAAUGGUGCUGAAGCUUCCAGUUCCACGGCUUGUGUCAAGUUGGAUGGACUACAUGAAGCGUGUGGUGUGGGCACUGCAUGACUAUGUUCUGGCACCGGUAUUUGGCAAAGGGUGUUGACGGAUGACUCGUCUAGCUUCACUAUUCUAUUUUCUUGGCAGAAAUUAUUGCAAUUAUCCCUUUUCGGCCAACAAAAGCCAGCACAAUUGCGCGAUGGGUGGCAAUCUCCCGCGUAUUCUCUGCUGUGGGUCGGGAGAUAUCGACAAUUGAUGCCGAACGUGCGGCGGGGCCACACACGAC